ACGGCGCCUGACGUGUCUCUUCAUCAUCAGCUGGCUGUAGUGAGGAGCGCGCGGUGGCACUUUAUCGCGCUCUCCUCUCUCGCGCUCUCUCAUUCCGGCUCGAGCGCUGUGCCAUGCGAGCGCGUGCGUCUUCGCGUGCCAACCUCGCGUGCGCUCGGAGCGUCGGACCCCGGCGAGAUGCGGGAACUAUAACGAGAGCUCAGAUGUUUGGAGGUUCUCCACUGGAUUGUUGGUAAAUGUUCCUGCCCCACUCUCUGACGACCAUGCUUUAUUUCCAGCUGGUGAUCAUGGCGGGGACGGUCAUGCUGGCAUAUUACUUCGAGUACACGGACACGUUCAACGUGCACGUGCAGGGCUUCUUCUGCUACGAGACCGCGUACACGAAACCCUACCUCGGACCCGAGGACACGAGCGCCAUCCCGCCCGCCGUGCUGUACGCGGUGGUCACCGGAGUCCCCACGCUGCUGAUCACCGUGACAGAAACCGUGUUGUUCUUGAUACAAUACACAUCGAAAGACCUUGACAGUCGAGAGAAGACCAUCGUGACCGGGGACUGCUGUUACCUCAACCCAUUAGUGCGGAGGACUUUCCGUUUCCUCGGUGUAUACAUGUUUGGACUUUUCACCACAGACAUCUUCGUGAAUGCUGGUCAGGUGGUAACGGGGAACCUGGCCCCUCAUUUUCUGACAGUUUGCAAACCCAACUACACAGCUCUGGGUUGCCAGCAAGCUCUUCGCUACAUCAGCCAUCAGGAAGCCUGCACCGGCAACGAGGACGACAUCCUACGAGCCCGCAAAACCUUCCCUUCCAAAGAGGCGGCUCUCAGCGUGUACGCCGCUGUCUAUAUGGCUAUGUACAUCACAUUUACAGUGAAAGCCAAAGGGACCCGUUUGGCUAAACCAGUCAUGUCUUUGGGCCUGAUGUGCUUGGCUUUCCUCACGGGUAUUAACAGGGUGGCAGAGUAUCGUAAUCACUGGUCUGAUGUCAUCGCCGGCUUUAUCAUCGGUGUGGCCAUCGCCACCUUUCUAGUGGUGUGUGUAGUCCAUAACUUCAAAGGCAAACAACUGCUGAAUGAGGAUCCCCCACAAGACCACCUAAGCAACAAUCCGAUGGUCAGCUCGCCCAGGGUUGAGAGUCCGCUGGAGAAGUACAUUGCUUCACAGAAUCACAUCGCCUUCGCUGAGAUCACGUGACCUUGAUUCUCCGGUGUGGCAGACGCAUUGGACAUCCACGCUGUUUACCGUCCAGUCCCGAUAGUCCCGGCUCAGCGCUAAUGCAGUGGUCAUAUUCUCUGUGGUGUCGUUUUUGGAUCGCUCUGCCCUUGCUUUGUGUGUGUGGAAAUAUUAAGACUAUCAACUAAUAACUGCUACCAUCACGCGACUAAAGACUGAAGCAGCACUUCACAUUUCCCCCGACCGGUUCUGUUGGCUUUCUCGCAGAUCGAGCUCACGUCUAGAGCUCAGAAUAUCUCUGCUGCUCACAUGCUGUAUGUGGAGAGAGCGUACGCGUCUGUGUUUGCGUUCAGAUAUUUGAUGCAGAUACCUGCACUUCGAAUUCAAAAUGGACUCUAUAUAUAUAUAUCAUCAUCAUCAUCAUGUAUUCCAGAAAAUGUUUAUUCCUAUAUCAUUUUUAUUGUUUAGUGCUUGCAUUAGACGAGUGCAAACAUAUGGAAGCAUAUUUCUGUCUCUUUUUUUAUUAUUAGUAUUAUUAUUAUUAUAUGUUUAUUUCUAGUAACUAACACUUUAUUUCACAAUGUGAUGUCUCAUAAUUGCAACUUUAUCUCAUAAUUGUGAUUUUUAUUUUUUUUGUCUCGCUGUUUAAAAAAAAAAAAAAAAAAAGAAGCUAUCGUGAAUUUAUUUCUUGAAAUUGUGACACUUUAUUUCACAACGUGAUUUCUGAAAUUGUGGCGGAAGUCGUAUGUGUGUCUCAUAUUUGCAGCUUUCUCUCGUAAUUGUGGUUUUUAUGUAUGACUUUAUUUCUUUUAAUUGCAACUUAAUAUCUCGAAAUUACAACCGUCUCAGAAUUUCAACUUUUUUUUUUUUUCUCAAACUGUGAUUUCAGAAUUGGAACCAUGCCUUACGAUUGUGAUUUUCUAUCUCUCAAUAUCACAAUUUCUCUUAAUUGCAACUUUUUUAAUGAAAUUGUGAAUGAAGUCUCAAUUUGUGAAUUUAUACCUCAUUUUUUUCUCUCAUAACUGUGAUUAAUUGCUCACAAUUGCUAAAUUUAUUUCUAUUAAUGGGGACUUUUAUAUCUCAUAAUAUGACUCUAAUAUUCCACAACCAUAAUCUCUAAGUAUAAUUUUAUUUUCACAAUAUGAGUUUAUUUCCAUUAAAUGCAGCUUAAUAUCUCUUAAUAAUUAAUGCAUUAUGAUUUCAUUGUCGCAGUGUGACUAUUCCUGAUGGUUGUCUUUUAUUUUUUUUUAUUUAUUUUUUUACUCUAAGGCAGAAUUGUGCUUCCAUACAUACUUAAAUACACUGUGUCUACAAAAAUAAGGCAGAAAAUAAGCUAAAAAUAGCUUUUAAAAGAUCGCGCAAAAAAAAAAUACCAAAGCUCCGAUAGAUUCAAGUACUCGCCUACUGUACUAGCAAAAAAAAAAGUUGGUUAGGUAAAUCGUGAACCAGGAUUCAGUUUCAGCUCACGGCCAAUAGGAUUUCACAGUGAAGCUGUGUUUAACUUAAAGCUGUGAAAGACAGAUCAUCUGCUAAGACAAUCACCAGCCAUCUCGCUAAAAUAAUGAGUCAGUCCAUCAGCCGCCUCCGUUUAACCAAGUGCUCGACAUAAUGAUACUCACGUAGACGUUUGUUUCGCACUGUUUUAAUGGCCAGCGCGUCUUUCGCUGAGGAUCGAUAUUGCUAAUGUUAAAGAAAUAAUGAGUCGGAAAGCCAACUCUCCUCCUGCGAUCAUUAAAAACAAACCGUGAUACCUCAUGUGUAAAAUUGUGGAUAUAGAUUAGUCUCCUACAUUAUUUUAAUUCCGAGAAAAUGCAGUGCUAAUCUAAUUUCUAUUUCAGAUCUCUGACCCUGUGUUUCAGUCAUGUUGUGGUGCCAUUUAAAGGAAUAUUCUGGGUUCUGUUUUGAUGAAGCUGUGGUUCAAAAUUUGGGGGAGUUCAGAUUUGACUUUUUAUUCAUAUUUUUAUUGGAUGCGUUGAAUUGAUUAAAUGACAUUUAUAAUGUCACAAAAGGAUACCAUUUGACAUAAAUACUGGUUUUUACUUUCUAUUCAUCAGAGAAUCCAUUAAAAACGCCGCGCAACAAUUCAGAGAUGUUUCGUGAGCGGCAAAUGAUUUCUGGAGGACCAUUAGACACGGAGGACUGCAUUUAUGCUGAAAAUGCAGCUUUGCAUAAAAGAAGUAAAGUACAGCUGCACGUAUAUUGAAAUUACAGUUUUACUGUAGUUUCGUAAAAUAAAAUAAAAAUAAAUACAUAAAAAUUUUACUGAUUCCAAACCUUUGAAUGAUGGUGUGCACAAACUCAGAUCAUGGUAGCGUGAUAAAAAAUAUAUAUAUAUAUAUAUAUAUAUAUAUAUAUAUAUG